AUGAGAGUUCCUACUGCUUAUGUUAAAACUUUCCAAGGCCCGCCUAAUGGGAUCCAAGUUGAGAGAGAUAAAUUGAACAAGUAUGGCCGCCCCCUAUUGGGAUGUACUAUUAAACCUAAAUUGGGGUUAUCCGCUAAGAAUUACAGUAGAGCAGUUUAUGAAUGUCUCCGCGGUGGACUAAACUGCUACCUAGUGGUCCAGCUUCAUUGCCAGAUGAGCAGGUAA